UUUCUGUGUGCUGCCAUUGCCUUUCCUCCCUCGACGCCUAUAAAAUGAAAAGAGAAAAAAGGAAAAGAAAAAGCCAAAGCCGAAGCUCUUCUCCCCUCUUCACCGCCUUCCUUCAACCCCCUUCUUAACCGCUCCUCUUUGAUCACACCCUUCUCAUGUUCCUGUAAAUCUUGUCUGCUUCUUCCAUUCUUCAUCUUUUUCUUUCAUCCAAAGUAAUCCAAUUGAACAGCCAUGACCAUCUGCAUCUCUGCAAUUCUCUCUUGGAUUCCUUACCCUUGCUUGAAAAUACCCAAUUCUCUUUGUUGUUGAUUUCUUCUAUUUUGGUUCUGGAAUCCGGUCAUUCAUGGUCAUGGAAGAGCAUCAACAGCAAGAGAAUGCAGAGCUUUCCCAUCAGGGGAGCGAUCCAUCGAGACAUAUUAUUUUCGGAAAGUAUGAGAUGGGGAGGUUAUUAGGGCAAGGAACCUUCGCCAAGGUCUACUACGGUAAGCAACUCAAAACUGGAGAAAGCGUUGCCAUUAAAGUGAUCAACAAAGAUCAGGUGAAGAAAGAAUGUCUCAUGGAGCAGAUCAAGCGCGAGAUCUCUGUUAUGCGUCUUGUUCGUCAUCCAAACGUUGUGGAACUCAAAGAAGUCAUGGCUACAAAGGGCAAGAUCUUCUUCGUCAUGGAAUACGUUAGAGGAGGUGAACUGUUCGCGAAAGUCGCUAAAGGGAAAGUUAAAGAAGACAUUGCUCGCAAGUAUUUUCAGCAAUUAAUCAGUGCUGUCGAUUAUUGUCACAGUAGAGGCGUCUCUCAUCGUGAUCUCAAGCCGGAAAAUCUACUUCUCGAUGAGAACGGAGAUCUUAAGGUCUCUGAUUUUGGGCUUUCUGCGUUACCGGAGCAGCUCCUUCACGAUGGUCUACUUCACACGCAGUGUGGAACCCCUGCUUAUGUUGCUCCAGAGGUCUUGAGGAAGAAAGGCUACGACGGAUCGAAAGCAGAUAUCUGGUCUUGUGGAGUCAUUCUCUAUGUCCUCCUAGCCGGAUUCCUACCUUUCCAGGAAGAGAACAUAAUGAAGAUGUAUCGGAAGGUGUUCAGAGCAGAGUACGAGUUUCCUCCAUGGUUGUCCACCGACGCCAAGCGGUUGAUCUCGAAGCUAUUGGUGGCCGAUCCAGACAAAAGAAUCACGAUUCGGGAGAUAAUGCAAACCCCCUGGUUCAAGAAAGGGUUCACCUAUCCGAUCGCGUUCUGUAUUGAAGAGCAGUCGUCGGAGAAGACAGCGGAGGCGGAAGAGGGAGCCGUUUCAAAACAGCCUAAUCCGCCAGUCAUCAAUGCUUUCGAAUUUAUAUCGUCAAUGGCAUCUGGGUUUGAUCUGUCGAGCUUAUUUGAAAAAAAGAGGAAAGCAGGAUCGAUAUUUACAUCCAAGUGCUCUGCGUCGGCGAUCAUGGCGAAGCUGGAAUCGGUUGCUAAAGCUUUGAAGUUUCGGAUAAUGAAAGUGAAGGAUUUCAAGAUGAAGAUGCAGGGUACAGAGGAAGGGCGUAAAGGAAAGCUGUUAGUGACGGCCGAGGUGUUCGAAGUGGCCCCUGGUGUGGCCAUUGUUGAAUUCUCAAAGUCUGCCGGAGACUCUCUUGAGUAUGCUAAGUUUUGCCAGGAAGAUGUUAGGCCUGCACUGAAAGACAUCGUUUGGAGCUGGCAAGGUGACAACAACAAAGAUCAACAACAACAGUUAAAAUUAGAGCCACUGGAGAUUAACUAAAACAAUGAAGAACCCUAAAACCCUAAGCCCAAAACCUAAUUAGGAUUCUCAAAUUUUCCUCUCUUUAUUGGUUUUUUUUUUUUUUGAGUUCCAUAAUUUUGUUGCUUAUUUUUGGUGUAUGAUUUUUGUAAAUACAUAUAAUAUUGUGGA